AUGGUAAGUGGUCCUCACGUGACUGCCGCGUCGGCGUCUAGAGGUUACGACGAUGCCGAGCAUUACGUGACGUAUUCGAAUAUCAAUGGAAACGGCCAACAUACGGUCUCCGUUAGCCGUCAGGCGCAUCCGAGUCGCUCCCCUGGCAUUUUUGGCGUCGGCGUACGCAGAUUCUCUACGACCGAUGGGACGUCGACACCCAUAUCGUGGUACUAUUCGGUACCUGACUCCAGAUCCGGCAAUGGCUCAGUGACACCAAUGAGUGAUACACCGUACGAGCAUGAAGUGAUCCUGCGGAGCUACUUCUACGGCCAGCUGGCUGACGUUAUGAGACGUUCGAUUUGGUGGACUAUUAUGGGUGUGAUGAUUGCCAGCCUAACGCAACAGCACAAUUCAAUCACAACGAGUCGUACAAUAUUCAACGCAGCGGUGCUGUUCGGUUCGCUGUUCGCUGACCUGAUUGCGGAGAGCAUGACUAUUCGAAAACUGUUGUGUUCGACUCUCCUGUGGCGCCUAUCGAUCUGGGCAAUAUUUCUGCCUGCUUCGUAUUGUUUCUUCGUGGUCGGGAAUAUUUUCAUGGUGCUGCUUGCUGGCGGUUAUGUUGGAUGGCUUUCAAGAGGCCUUAUCCAACACGUCUGA